AUGACCCAAAACUCACCCAGCAACUCAUCUGAAUCUGAAUCCAACGACUCCAACCAACCAGAACCUCCAACCAGCAGCCUCUACGACUUUGUUUCCAGUCUCAUCUCACCUGCUGCAGCAAACGUUUCCGGUGAUCCAGACUCUCAAACCUUCUCGUUCGACUCCAACCAACACGAAACCGAAACCAACAUGGCUGAACCUGCCCCCACCGUCUCUCCAACCUUCACUCAAGACCAGCUCCUCGAACUUCUCAGGACCGCUGGACGACAGUGGGAUGCAUUUUCUACUCUCAAGCAGCCUCUGGUUGGAGGACUCAAUGCGACUGGAGCUUGGACUGGACAUGGAGUCGGCGGUGAAGGAACUUCUCCCAUGAGCGCCCAGUGCAUGAGAGAUUUCAAGACGGAUGUGAUCAAGAACCAUCAGGCUCUCUCUCCCAUUGAAUUGAAAUGCAAGGAGGGACUGAGUGACUCACCGGACCUCCUGUUUAGUCUCCCUGGGGAACCAAACGCAGACAAGGUAGUGCCAUCGCUCAUUGCUCUAAGUGAGUUUAUGAUCUCAGUUGGGAUGGAAAGCGUCUUUCGAAUCAUUCAGACCGAUGGCACUCAGUUGGACAUGCUUCUCCAGCCUGGCAUGGUUUCCAGUGACAUUGAGCGAACCUGGCAUAAGGAUCUAACGAUCAAUGGAGUUAUCAAAGUCGAUGAUCAGGGCCGUCCUGUCCUGGUCAACGGUGCUGUCGAUCGUUUUGCUCAGUGCUCAUACGAUGCCCAGAACCUGCAUUGGUCGGGUGAAGCCGUGCUCAACUCUUGUUCGCCAACACUCAUGCAGGACCUUAAGCAAGUCAUCCCACAGCUCGCUGAUCGAACUGGUCCUCAUGUCCUAUUUACCAUUCUGAAGAAGAUCUACCGCCCAUCCAGCUCCAAGAUCAAGAGUCUUGUCAACAAGCUGGAGGCACUCAAGUUGACAGAUUACCCUGGGGAAAUGUCUCUCACUUUGUCCACGAUGCAUCUGCUAUCGUUCGGGAAAUUCAGAUGA